UUCGCAAACACCAUAAUUUUGCUUAGAAAAUAAUAGAGAAGUGCGACAGAAAAACUUAGCGGAUAGUAAAAAUUGUAUUAGAGAAUAGUUUGUCGACUGUUUUCUAUCAUACAAAAAUUGCAAUAAAAUUAGAAAAAAGUAAGAUUGAGAAAUUUAUAUCAAGCUCAAGACAAGUUGAACCUACUAAAGGCUAGCUAGAAAUUCUAAUUUGAACGAAUUGUGGCAAAAUGGUGGGCGCAACAAAAAUCCGUAUUGAUGAGAAUGAAGCCAAUAAUUUAGCGAAAGUUAAAAAGUUUGGUUCGAAGGCAACUGAAACUACAAAGCGUGCAGCUUUGGGAGAUUUACAAAAUCGGGCAGUUCUACGACUCGCUACCGCCAAGGAAGCCGCGCAGAGAGAAAUUGAUCUAAAAUUGAAAAAUGUGAUUCAAAACUCAAAGCCACGCGUUGACACGCACUGGAAAAAGUCGGCGAGUACUGCCGCCGUUUCUACCAAGCCCAAUACAGUGGUGGCCGCUGACCAGCCAAAAAAGAUUGUCACGAGAUCGAAUUAUUCGCGCGGUUCCAAUGGGCAUGCUGGCCCAUCGGCUUUGCAGCGUAAUGCAGUAGCCGGUCUAAAUAAACCUAAGACAGUUACUACAAAAGUAGUCGAAAAUAAAUUACAACCGGCAAAAAUUUGUAAAUCCAAAGCUGCACAAGAGGAAAAAGUGAAAAAGAUAGUACCAAACGAAGAUCAUGUAAUAUUACGGCGAGAAGACAGCAAUUUAUCACUCAAGUCUUUAAACAAAUUAAAAGCAGCGUUAUCUAAGGAUGGUAGUAAGUUAACAGCGGCCAAACUAUCUGCUCAGUGCAUAAAAAUCGACCCUAAGACGAAUGUUGCAAAAAAAGACCCCUCGCCCGAAAACAAUAUCGGCAAGCUGUCUCAAUUAAAAAUCAUAAGUGCGCCAAAAGUGUCAUCCGAAAAACUCGAAGAUGUUGAAGAUAUCGAUUCUGGCGAUUCUGACCAACUUUUACUGGUAUCCGAAUACGUAAAUGAUAUAUAUGAUUAUCUCUUUAAAUUGGAGGAUCAGCAAGUUGUACAGAAAAAUCAUUUGGAUGGCCAGGAAGAAGUUUAUCCAAAAAUGCGUGCUGUUCUCAUCGAUUGGAUUAAUGAAGUGCACUUUCAAUUUCGUCUGACACCAGAAACGUUCCAAAUGGCAGUAGCCCUUAUAGAUCGGUACUUGCAGGAAGUAAAAGACACGAAGCGCACACAUUUACAAUUGGUGGGUGUUACAGCACUUUUUAUUGCCGCCAAGUAUGACGAGCUCAUACCACCAUCAAUUUCGGAAUUUGUCUAUAUAACCGAUGACGCUUAUAAUUCUAAGCAAAUUGUGCAAAUGGAAAUGAAAAUAUUGAAAACACUCGAUUGCAAUUUGUCGCGACCUUUACCUAUACAUUUUUUGCGUCGCUUCUCAAAGGCGGCUAAGGUAGAAGAUAUACACCAUUCGAUGGCCAAAUAUUUUCUCGAACUUUCAUCUGUAGAAUAUGAAUUAGCAGCGUAUAAACCGUCUGAGAUCGCCGCUGCGUCUCUCUUUUUAGCUUUACAUUUACUUAAAGAUGACGCGAAAUCGCCAACUGGGUUUAACAACAAGCACUGGACGCCGACACUGCAAUGGUAUUCACAUUACACAGCUGAGCAUUUGCGACCAAUUGCGAAGAAAAUUGCGGGCGUAGUGCGAAAUGCAGCCACUGCCAAACUGAAGGCUGUCUACACAAAAUAUCAUUCAUCGAAAUUUCAUACGAUUGCGGCGCGCUCUGAGUUAUAUGAUAAACUUAUUGAUUCGAUUAUUAGUCAUAUUGAGUGAGCAAGUGUUAAAAAGAGCAGAUAUAAUAAUCGGAGCUGCAAUGCGUUUAAAUUCUGUUUAUGUCGUUUAGUUUAAUUGUUUUUUAUUAUUAUUUUAUUUUAUAAACAUUUCCCUAAUUUUAUUAUCAAAUACUUCCUUAUAUUUUUAUUUUUAAGUAUUAUGGAACGAUUUGAAAUAUAUUACAUAUGCCAACUCACCAUCGGUCCGUCGUUAUCAUGGGUUACACCUUUAUAAUGCACGACAUUAUAUCGCCAAAAAAGGUUGGAAUUGUGGAAUAAGAUAAUUGUGUCGUCGAAAACAACACUUCAACUGAUCACUUCAACGUCACUUGUAUGGAUAAGCACUCGGACAUUUAGUCUUAAAUGAAUUCUUUAAGAGGUGCAACAACAAAGGCAUGUAUAUUUUCUUAAAUGUUUCCUAAAUGCAAGGAAAGUACCGACUCAUGCAACGUAUAGUAGUGAAUUAAUGUACUUUAAUAAUAAUAAUUAAAUAAGUUAUUGAAAUAGUAAUUUGUGAACCAAAGGUAAUUACUCUUGAUGGUCCAACGGAAUCUGCAUAUAAGCGAAAUACAGCUUUUUAGUUUAAACAAUGUCUAAAUUUAGCAGAUGAUAAAUUUAUAAAACAAUGUAAUAACAAAACGUAUUAACUUGAACAAUGUUUGUGCUUCAAACUGAAAGAAUUGCUCUGCUAUUAUUGUUUAUAAAUUAAGGUUCGCAGCAUAGCUUAGGCGUCUGCUGAUUUGCAUGCUAAUUCUGCUACGCCAGAAAUGCUUGUUCUUGUAACUUCUAUGUAUCAUUAAAUGUCAUUUGUAUGUAAACACA